AUGGUGAAGAAAGAGCUCAAGGUUGAAAAUGAGUUGUCGAGAACAUCUUCGUCUAUGAUUAGCAAGAAGAAGUACAAAGGAGUGAGAAUGAGGAGCUGGGGUUCAUGGGUUUCAGAGAUACGAGCACCCAAUCAAAAAACACGAAUAUGGCUAGGAUCCUACUCGACUCCUGAAGCAGCAGCUAGAGCAUAUGAUGCAGCCCUACUUUGCCUAAAAGGUCCCACCGCAAAUCUUAACUUCUCUCAUACCCAAUACGAUCACGACUAUUCCACCACCAUCAUGUCUCCCAAAUCCAUCCAAAAGAUUGCAGCGGCCGCUGCUGCUUCCACCGCCACCACUACUCCAUCAUCACCAUUACCAUCGUAUCCAUCACCUUCACCAUCAUCAUCACCAUCACCAUCGUAUUCCUCAUCCGUAUCCUACAAUACCUCUACACCACCAACCACCAACACAACCGAAGAAGAUGAUGCAUUCUUUUCAGCAAAUGAUCCUCUUGAUGGUACCUUGAUGUCGUUGGUUGCACCAUGGUACAACUUCGGUUCACCAUCCUACGAUGAUGUGAUGUUUGAUACAUCCUUCUUCGAGCUCGACCAGUCUUCGUCCACCAUCACCAAAGAUGUUUGCGAAGAAGAAAGUGGUGAUAUAUAUCUUUGGAGCUUCUGCAGAUAA